UUUUGAUUAGGGAAUUUGGUAUCGUUCAGGACCUGUCUGCGCCUUUUGGGCAUGAUGGCUUCGUCGCUGGCCGUGGUUCCGCUAGGACUGCUGAAAAUGAGAGAUUUUCAGCGUUGGGUGGCAGCGAGAGGUCUGUGUUCAUGUCGGCACCUUGCUCGCAGAGUGAGAAUACGCAAAGAAUGUGUGACAGCUCUCCGUCAGUGGAGAGAUCCCAGUCUACUCCGGACGGGGGUUCCCUUGGGGGGCGUGUCACUAAGGAAAGUAGUGACAACGGAUGCAUCCCUAUCAGGCUGGGGGGCUGUUUUUCAGAGCAGAUCGGUGAACGGUUGCUGGACGCCUCGGCUUUGCGAACUUCACAUAAAUAUGUUGGUGUUGAUGGCAGUGUUCCUGGCACUGAAACAUUUUUUUCCAUUUUUGGAAGGCUUUCAUGUUCUGGUCAGGAGAGACAAUACGACAGUGGUGGCUUACAUCAAUCGCCAGGGGGGACCGCGAUCAUUACAGCUACACAAUCUAGCGUGCAAACUGAUUGUAUGGAGCGCUGCGAACUUCAGCUCGCUGCGCGCGACGCACGUACCGGGAGUCCUCAACAGGGGGGCGGAUCUCCUGUCCAGGGGCAACCCGUUAUACGGAGAAUGGGUGCUCCACCAUCAGGUGAUGGAUCAGAUUUGGGGGAUUUACGGCAGAGCUGCCGUAGAUCUCUUCGCCUUGUGGGAAAACGCAAAGUGUCCGCUGUAUUUUUCUCUCAGGGACGCGCCUUUGGGUGUGGAUCCGCUAGCGCACCCGUGGCCGAACGUGUUGCUAUACGCUUUCCCACCUCUGAGUCUAAUUUCUCCCACCCUAGAAAGAGUAAGAGAAAACGCUUUAUCCCUUCUUCUGAUAGCCCCACAUUGGCCGGGGAGACCAUGGCUGGCGGAGAUUGUUCAGCUCCUCCAGGGAGAGCCAUGGCCGCUUACGUUACGCCGGGACCUGCUGUCACAAGCGGGGGGGGCAAAUUUUUCACCCACAGCCGGAACGAGUCAAUCUUUGGGUCUGGCACGUGAAAGGUUAAAUCUAAACGCAAUCGAGCUCCCGCAAGAGGUUAUUAACACUAUACAAAGCGCUAGAGCCCCUUCGACACGCUCACUUUAUGACCUUAAGUGGCGUGUGUUUGAGGACUGGUGUAUGAGUAAAGAAAUUAUUCCUUUUCUGUGCAUGGAGAAAGAUGUUCUAUGCUUUUUACAAAGCUUAAUGAAUGGUGGUAGAGCGUUUUCUACUAUUAAAGUUUACUUGGCGGCUAUUUCGGCUUGUCAUGUAGGCUUUGAGGGAGUUUCGGUGGGACGGCACCCUCUUAUAUGCCGUUUCAUGAAGGGAGAGAGACGUUUGAGACCAGUAUCUAAACAUCUGGUCCCAUCUUGAAACUUGUCCAUAGUCCUUAACGCCCUUACUCGAGCUCCUUUUGAACCUUUAGAGAGUGUAAAUAUUAAAAUCCUAUCUCUAAAAACGGUUUUACUACUGGCUUUAGUCUCGGCUAAGCGAGUAGGUGAAUUACAUGCCUUGUCAGUUCAUCGGACGUGUUUGAAUUUUAGUCUUGAUCACAGCAAGGCUACACUGCUGCCUAACCCAGCUUUCGUUCCCAAAGUCAGCGAUUCAGCCUAUAAUUGCUCUGCUUUGGAGUUGCGUGCCUUUUACCCCCCUCCUUUUUCUUUGAAGGAGGAGAAAAAAUUGCACACUUUAUGUCCUGUGCGAGCGUUACGCUAUUAUGUUAAUAGGACACGAUCCUUCAUAAAGAAUGAUCAAUUGUUCGUUUCCUGGGCCAACCAAUGUAAGGGUAAGCCGAUCUCCUCUCAGCGUCUUUCCCAUUGGAUGGUAGAGGCGAUUGAAUUGGCCUAUACAUCUACAGGUCUUCAUUCCCCGGCGGGGUUAAGAGCUCACUCCACAAGAGGUAUGGCUACCUCUUGGGCAUUGUUUAAGGGGAUUUCGGUAGGAGAUAUUUGCGCAGCGGCAAGCUGGGCUUCCCCUCAUACAUUUAUCAGAUUUUACCGUCCGGAUGUCACUGCGCCGUCUGUGGCUCAUGCAGUUCUAAAUGUUGGCUCUGGGGAGAAUUAAAGGUUGU